AUGGAAUCAAAAGCUUGUGAAUCAAAAAAUGAAGAUCUUCUAUCAAGUGGCAUCAUAUCCAAAGGAGGUGCUUCAAGCCCGUUUUUUGUAACGUCUACUCAUGGUACAAUAAUUGAAAACACAUCUUCAACUGGGACUUUAACACAAAUGCCCUUUUUUCCUAAAUAUGAAGUGGAACUUGAUUCUCCUAGAAAGUCCAGCCCUUACCCUGGAAAGGAGCAUAUUGAACGUGUUUUGGAAGAAUAUUCACAUCAAGUUAAAGAUUUGCAGAGAAGACUCAACGAAAGCAAUGAAUUACACGAGAAACAAAAAUUUUACUUAAGACAGUCAGUCAUUGAUUUGCAAACAAAACUUCAAGAAAUGCAAAUGGAGAGAGACGCCAUGGCUGACAUCAGGCGAAGGGAGAGUCAAUCCCAGGAGGAGUUACGAAAUCAGCUUCAGAACACAGUUCGUGAACUUGAAGCUGCCAAGUGCCUUAAGGAGGAUAUGCUGAAAGACAGCAGCACACAGAUAGAGCAGCUUCGAAAAAUGAUGCUUAGUCAUGAAGGCGUGCUUCAAGAAAUCCGAUCAAUCUUAAUUGACUUUGAAGAAGCCUCAGGCAAGAAAAUAUGUGAACACGACAGCAUGUCUACCAUGCACUUCCGCAGCCUGGGCUCAGCUAUUAGUAAAAUCCUAAGAGAAUUAGACACAGAAAUCUCUUUUCUUAAAGGGAGGAUAUUUCCAGUAGAGGAUCAGCUUGAAACCCUGAAGUCUGAAUCACAGAACAAAGUAGAACUGUUACUUCAACAACAUCAAGAUCGGAUUGAGCAGCUGAUAAGUGAACAUGAAAUUGAGAUAACAGGACUUACGGAGAAAGCCAGCAGUGCUCGAAGCCAAGCCAACAGUGUCCAGAGUCAACUGGAAAUCAUUCAAGAGCAGGCACGGAACCAGAGCUCCAUGUACAUGCGCCAGCUCAGCGACUUGGAGUCUACUGUUUCUCAGCUGCGCUCUGAACUGAGGGAGACCAAGAGGAUGUAUGAAGAUAAGAUAGAAGAGCUGGAGAAACAGUUAGUCCUCGCCAAUUCAGAGCUCGCCGAGGCGCGCACAGAGCGGGACCAGUUCAGUCAGGAGUCAGGAAAUCUGGAUGACCAGCUCCAAAAGCUGUUGGCAGAUCUUCACAAGAGGGAGAAGGAGCUGAGUCUGGAGAAGGAACAGAACAAGCGUCUGUGGGAUCGGGACACAGGCAACAGCAUCACCAUCGACCACCUGCGGCGGGAGCUGGAUGACAGGAACAUGGAGGUGCAGCGCCUGGAGGCCCUGCUCAAGGCCAUGAAGAGCGAGUGUCAGGGCCAGAUGGAGCGGCAGAUGGCGGCCAUUCAGGGGAAGAACGAGAGUCUGGAGAAAGUGUCCUCCCUCACUGCGCAGCUGGAGUCCACCAAGGAGAUGCUGCGCAAGGUGGUGGAAGAGUUGACGGCCAAGAAGAUGACCCUCGAGAGCUCCGAGAGGACAGUGUCCGACCUGACGGCUUCCCUCCAGGAGAAGGAGCGCGCCAUCGAAGCCACUAACGCAGAGAUCACGAAGCUCCGCUCCCGCGUGGACUUGAAGUUGCAGGAGCUUCAGCACCUGAAGAAUGAGGGGGACCAUCUGAGAAACGUGCAGACGGAGUGCGAGGCGCUCAGACUCCAGAUGGCGGAGAAGGACAAGGUCAUUGAGAUUCUGAGGCAGCAGAUUGAGAACAUGACUCAGCUGGUUGGCCAGCACGGACGAACGGCGGGCGCUAUGCAAGUGGAGAAGGCUCAGCUGGAGAAAGAGAUUAAUGACCGGAAGCUGGAGCUGCAGGAGUUUAAGAUUUUAAAAGAUAAAAAAGAUGCAAAGAUUCGGGAGCUUGAAGCCAGAGUGAGCGACCUGGAGCUGGAGAAGGUGAAGCUGGUGAACGCGGGCUCGGAGCGGCUCCGCGCAGUCAAGGACAUCAGACAUGAGAGAGAUCAGCUGCUAAAUGAGGUGAAGACUAGUAGGACGGAACUAAACAACCUCUCAGAGGACUAUGAAGUUUUGAAGAGGAACUUCCGAAACAAAAGUGAAGAGAUGGAGAGCACUACCAACCGGCUGAAGAUGCAGCUCAAGUCAGCUCAGUCUGAACUGGAGCAAACACGGAACACGCUCAAGACCAUGGAAGGCUCUGACGGCCACGCUAUGAAGGUGGCGAUGGGCAUGCAGAAGCAAAUCACAGCCAAGAGAGGUCAGAUAGAUGCCCUGCAGAGCAAGGUGCAGUUUCUGGAAGAGGCCGUGACGAGUGCCAAUAAGGAGAGACACUUUUUGAAAGAAGAGAAGAGCAAGCUCAGCCAGGAGUUGAGCACCGUGGCGACAGAGAAAAACAAGAUGGCUGGAGAGCUGGAAGUGCUACGAUCUCAGGAACGACGCUUGAAGGAGAAGGUUGCCAACAUGGAAGUCGCUCUUGACAAGGCAUCUUUGCAGUUUGCAGAGUGUCAAGAUAUAAUACAGCGCCAGGAACAGGAAUCGGUGCGUCUAAAACUGCAGCACACUUUGGAUGUAAAAGAACUUCAGGGCCCUGGAUACACCUCUAAUUCCUCAAUGAAGCCCCGCCUUCUCCAGCCGGCAUCUGUGACUCGGUCUCAUUCCAACGUGCCAUCCUCCCAGUCGACAGCCAGCUUCCUGUCUCAUCACUCUAUAAAAGCCAGCACACUGAAGGAGGACCCGACGCGGGACCUGAAGCAGCUUCUGCAGGAGUUGAGGAGCGUCAUCAACGAAGAGCCAGCCAUGCCCCUGAGCAAGACUGAGGAGGACGGGAGGACUCCAUCUCUUGGAGCAUUAGAUGACAGAGUCAGAGACUGCAUCACCGACUCAAGCCUGAGAUCAGAGCUCUGCCACAGGAGCAACAACUCCUUGAGGGAGUCCACUGAAGGCAGCAAAUCCAGUGAGACCCUGAGCAGAGAGCCUGUUGCACUGCACCCAGGAGACCUGGAAGACCCGUCUAGCUGCUUUACGUUCACAUCUACAGCAAGUCCGUCUGUGAAGGUCUCAGCUUCUCGUUCAUUCAAUUCUUCUCCUAAGAAGUCCCCGGUGCACUCCCUCCUGACGAGCUCAGCCGAGGAGGAGUCGGGGGGCUCCACCCCACAGUAUCGCUCUACCAAGCCUGUCCAUUCACCCAACUCUGCAAAAGAUUCACAGUCUCCGUCACUAGAAACAACAGGAAAAACAUGCCGAAAACUGCAGAACAGACUGGAAAGUUUGCAAACCCUGGUAGAAGAUUUACAGCUGAAGAACCAAGCAAUGUCUUCGAUGAUCAGAAAUCAAGAAAAGAGGAUUCAGAAAGUGAAAGACCAGGAAAAAAUGUUACUAAAAUGA